AGUUCUACCAUCUUAUUAUUCAUGAUUUGAAAUUAGAUAUUAUUAUUAUUCUUCUUCUUCUUCUUUACUCAUAGCGAUCAAGAAGAAGCCUAGGAUAAGUGGGAGACAUGAAGUCGGCUGUGCUGCUGAGCUGGCUUUUCUGGGGUAGCAUGUCGGCGGGGUGCGGGCACGGCGGGAGGGAAUGGACAAAAGAGGAGCUGGCUGAGCUGGAGGCGGAAUGGGGCACCGAUUGGUCGUUUAGUGGGUUUGGGUCGUUUGCGCACUUGGACUAUGUCAAGUGUUUGACAAACCCUGCCGAGAAGUUUGAUAUCGCCAUUGUUGGAGCUCCGUUUGACACAGCUGUGAGUUACCGGCCAGGUGCUCGCUUUGGCCCGAGAGCUAUUCGCCAUGCCUCUGCCCGGCAGACGGCUUACCGCGGGUUCAACCCUCGAGCCGGCAUCAACCCGUACCAGAACUGGGCCAGGAUUGUCGAUUGCGGCGACAUUCCUAUUACUCCUUUUGACAAUGGCAUUGCUAGAGAGCAGAUGACGCAGGCGUUCAGGGAGCUUGGCAAGAGAGGGACUGUUUCAACGCUGAGCUCGAAGCCCAAGAUUGUGACAUUGGGUGGCGAUCAUAGCCUUUCGCUGCCUGCGCUGAGGGCGUUGAAGGAGAUAUAUGGGAGACCUGUUCGGGUGCUUCACUUUGAUGCACAUCUCGACACUUGGAAUCCAGCUGGAUAUCCCUCCCACUGGGGCUCGACUCACUUCAACCACGGCUCCAUGUUCUGGAUGGCCAGCCAAGAAGGUCUUCUUUCCAACGCCACCGACUCGCCGUCUGUCCAUGCCGGCCUGCGCACGCGCCUCAGCGGCGUCACGGCCUUUGACCACGAAGACGACGAGGCGCAAAACUGGAUCCGCUUCUCGGCGGACGACAUUGAUGACAUUGGCACGGCGGGCAUCGUCGAGGGCAUCAUGAGGGUGCUGGGCACGGAGGAGCCGGUGUAUCUGUCGCUGGACAUUGACGUGCUGGACCCGGCGUUUGCGCCCGGGACGGGGACGCCGGAGCCGGGCGGGUGGACGACGAGGGAGCUGAUUCGGAUCUUGAGGGGGGUGGAAGGGCUGAAUGUCGUGGGGGCGGAUGUGGUGGAGGUUGCGCCGGCGUAUCAGGGACGGGGGGAGGAGACGGCUUUGGCGGCGGCGCAGGCGGUUUAUGAGAUUGUGAGCUCGAUUGUGAAGAGAGGGAUGGGAGGGGAGAAGGAGGCUGGGGGGAAGGAUGAGCUGUGAUGUGAGUUGUGAAGUGACAAGUUGUGGCUGUUUUUGAUGUUCUAGGGGGAAGAUGAGGUGGGUUAGGUUGACGAAAUAUUUAUGACUGGAUGAAGUAAUGGUUUCUUGUGCUUUGCUUGUUGAAAAUGGAAAAGGUUUCAAUGGAUUGGGUUGUAGAAGAUGAAAGUGGUAUAUAUAUGUAUAUGGGUGAAUCGAUGUUGUGUCUGGAGGAGGAGCAAGUUGACAUGGGAGGUUUUGAUACAGCGAACUAAGACUUUGAGUCCGUUUUCUGCUCUCCAGAUUUGCUAUAUUACAUUCAUUUCUUAACC